UACCCAAACGACUUCCUACUAAAAUGCUCGCCUUCUACCUCUUACUCUACUUUCUAUCUCUGCUUCCUCUCUCUAUUCUUGGCGGUAGGAACCCAUUUCUCUAAGGACUCAUCAAUGUCUACAGGUUCCUCCUCAAGCAUGGCAUCUCACAUCGUUGGAUACCCCCGUAUGGGACCCAAGAGAGAGCUCAAGUUCGCUCUUGAGUCUUUCUGGGAUGGCAAGAGCAGCGCUGAGGAUUUGAAAAAGGUGUCUGCUGAUCUUAGGGCAUCCAUCUGGAAGCAGAUGUCUGAUGUUGGUAUUAAGUACAUUCCCAGCAACACCUUUGCUUACUACGACCAGGUCCUUGACACCACCGCCAUGCUCGGUGCUGUUCCCCCAAGGUAUGGGUGGAGCGGUGGUGAGAUUGGAUUCGAUGUUUACUUCUCCAUGGCCAGAGGUAAUGCCUCUGUCCCUGCUAUGGAGAUGACCAAGUGGUUCGACACCAACUACCAUUACAUUGUCCCCGAGUUGGGCCCAGAAGUAAACUUCUCUUACUCUUCCCACAAGGCUGUUGAAGAAUACAAGGAGGCCAAGGCUCUUGGAGUAGACACUGUCCCAAUUCUUGUUGGACCAGUCUCCUACCUGUUGUUGUCCAAGCCUGCUAAGGGUGUUGAGAAAUCAUUCCCUCUGCUUUCUCUUCUUCCCAAGAUCCUAGCAGUCUACAAGGAAGUUAUUUCUGAACUAAAGGCAGCUGGUGCUUCUUGGAUUCAAUUUGAUGAGCCUGUAUUGGUGAAGGAUCUUGAAUCUCACCAAUUGCAAGCCUUCACUGAGGCUUACGCUGAACUAGAAUCUACUUUGUCUGGCCUGAAUGUUGUUGUUGAGACUUACUUUGCUGAUCUUACCCCUGAGGCAUACAAGACCCUUGUUUCUUUGAAGGGUGUCACCGGAUUUGGGUUUGAUUUGGUUCGUGGAACCAACACCUUGGAUUUGAUUAAGGCUGGAUUCCCAUCAGGCAAGUACCUAUUUGCUGGAGUGGUCGAUGGAAGGAACAUUUGGGCCAACGAUCUUGCCGCUUCCCUUGCUUUGUUGCAGGGCCUUGAGAGCAUUGUUGGAAAGGACAAGCUUGUGGUCUCCACUUCCUGCUCACUUCUUCACACUGCUGUUGAUCUUGUUAACGAGACUAAGCUUGAUGAUGAAAUCAAGUCAUGGCUUGCAUUUGCUGCACAGAAAGUUGUUGAAGUUAACGCUUUGGCCAAGGCAUUGUCUGGUCAGAAGGAUGAGGCCUUCUUCUCUGCCAAUGCUGCUGCUCUUGCAUCAAGGAAGUCCUCCCCAAGAGUGAACAAUGAAAAUGUUCAAAAGCUUGCUGCUGGAUUGAAGGGAUCAGACCAUCGCCGUGCUACAAAUGUUAGCUCUAGACUUGAUGCUCAGCAGAAGAAGCUUAACCUCCCUGUUCUCCCCACCACCACCAUUGGAUCUUUCCCACAGACCGUGGAGCUUAGGAGGGUGCGUCGUGAGUUCAAGGCCAACAAGAUUUCCGAGGAAGAGUAUGUCAAGGCUAUCAAGGAGGAGAUCAGCAAGGUUGUCAAGCUCCAAGAAGAACUUGACAUUGAUGUCCUUGUUCACGGAGAGCCUGAGAGGAACGAUAUGGUUGAGUACUUUGGAGAGCAAUUGUCUGGUUUUGCCUUCACUGUGAAUGGAUGGGUACAAUCAUAUGGAUCUCGAUGUGUGAAGCCACCAAUUAUCUAUGGUGAUGUCAGCCGCCCCAAGCCAAUGACUGUUUUCUGGUCAUCCACUGCUCAGAGCAUGACUUCCCGUCCGAUGAAGGGUAUGCUUACAGGGCCUGUGACCAUCCUCAACUGGUCCUUCGUCCGUAAUGACCAACCUAGGCACGAGACUUGCUACCAGAUUGCUUUGGCCAUCAAGGAUGAGGUGGAGGAUCUUGAGAAGGCUGGUAUCAAUGUUAUCCAAAUUGACGAGGCUGCUUUGAGAGAAGGUUUGCCACUCAGGAAGUCUGAGCAUGGGUUCUACUUGAAGUGGGCUGUCCACUCCUUCCGUAUCACCAAUGUUGGAGUCCAAGACACCACUCAGAUCCACACCCACAUGUGCUACUCCAACUUCAAUGACAUCAUUCACUCCAUCAUCGACAUGGAUGCUGAUGUCAUCACCAUUGAGAACUCUCGCUCUGAUGAGAAGCUCCUCUCAGUCUUCCGUGAAGGUGUUAAGUACGGUGCUGGAAUUGGUCCCGGUGUCUACGACAUCCACUCUCCAAGAAUCCCACCAACUGAGGAAAUUGCUGACCGCAUCAGGAAAAUGCUUGCGGUUUUGGAGUCCAACGUCUUGUGGGUGAACCCUGACUGUGGUCUCAAGACCCGUAAGUACGGUGAGGUUAACCCAGCUCUUUCCAACAUGGUUGCUGCUGCCAAGCAAUUGCGCCAAGAACUUGCCAGCGCCAAGUAAAGGGUUUCCUGAAAGUGAUGAGAACAUACAAAAAAGCUUUGGUGGAUUCUUACAUGAUAAUAUUGGCUUUCAAUUUCCCAAUAAUCAAAUUAGAUUAGUUUGUGAGUUUAGUAUAUGGCUCCUUUGAGGAAGCCUUGUUUAGAUUGUUGCCUGUUUUUGGAAUGUUUAGUUUUGUUAUUAAAAAUUUUCUUUCUUCAUCCUUUGAGAGUUCGGUCCUUCGGUUGUUUUCAAUGAGGAUUGAGGACUACUCAGUGUACUUCUACUAUGAAAUUUAAAGAAAUGCCUUUUUCUUCCGACAAA